AUGAUAAUUCAGGGUGUCUAUUCUAAUCAGUUCCCCUGCUCCUCAUCCCCUCCUCCAUUCCCGUCCUCCCUUUCCCCCCUUGUCUCCCCCACUCCUUCCCCUCUUGUCUCCCCCACUCCUUCCCCUCUUGUCUCCCCCACUCCUUCCCCUCUUGUCUCCCCCACUCCUUCCCCUGUUUUCUCCCCCACUCCUUCCCCUCUUGUCUUCCCCACUCCUUCCCCUCUUGUCUCCCCCACUCCUUCCCCUCUUGUCUCCCCCACUCCUUCCCCUCUUGUCUCCCCCACUCCUUCCCCUCUUGUCUCCCCCACGCCUUCCCCACUGUUCCGGAAGCGGAAGGAGGAGGAGAAGGCAAGACGUGCAGCCAAGGCGGCAGCUGAGCAAGGGGUGAAACCAGCUGCACCUGUGCAGGCUGAGGUGCAAGUACCAGUUGUGGAGGCUGUUGUCUUGCCACCAAAUGAGAAGAGGGAAGAAAAGGAAGCACGGACGGAAGAGGUUGUCAUUGUUGAAGUCGUGGAGGAAUCUUCAGUAAAACCUACGUCUUCUGAUGUCGUCGACGAGUUUAUCCAGUUCCUCUUCGCGGCUCUCCUCCUCGCUCGCGCUGCUUGCGGCGCCGUUGCGGUCUGGCUGUUACACGUGGCAAGGUUUUCUUUCCGCCACGUGUCAUUCGACCGCGAACCUUCCGAGCCUCGCGCGGCUGACGGACAAAGCGACUACCUGAGAACCGAAGAUUCCGCGAAGGUGUCUUCUCUGCCCGCUGAACCGCCUCAAGAUAAGCCCGUGGACGCGAUAAGAACAACUUCCGCUGAUGACGUCACCGUGCUUGCUAAAAACGACGAUGACGUCACAUUCAGUCUGGAAAUCCCAAUCAACAACACGGCAGGUGACGUCAGGCCGUGCUGCAGCAGCGAACGUGGGAAGACCUAUGACGGGCAGGAGUUUCUCCAGGUGCUUUCAGCGGAGGUGGUUCAGGUGGUUUCAGCAGAAGUGGUGAAGAUGCGUGAGGAACUGGUGGAGGUCGUAUCCGGCGUGGUUGAGGGGAGGAGUGAACAUGGGGAGAGGAAAGGGAGAAGGGAGAGUAUGGAGAUUAAGAUGAUGGUAGAGGGAGUCAGCAAACAGGUGGAGGCGAGUGGAAAAGGGGAGGAGGACGAGGGGGGAAGAGGCGACGGAAUGGAGGAGAUUAAUAGGAGAGCGGAAUUGACAAGGGAGGAGGAGGAAGAGGAGCGAAAGUUGGAGGAAGAGAGGAUGAGACAGGAGAGGGAGCAAGAGAGGCCGGAAGAGAGGGCGGCGUUGGUGGGUGAGCUGGUCGAGAGGCUUACUGCUGCUGCUGCUGCUGCUGCUGCUGCUGCUGCUGCUGCCGGUGGUGGUGGUGUUGCCUCUGUUGUGACGGAUUCUAAUGCAACGCUGCUUGCCGAAACGCAGGAGAGCGUUUCUGAAGACCUAUGGAGUGAUGUUCAGGCAGACGCGGACAAAGAAGCCAAGUGGGCUGAACAGCAGACCGCCUCUGAAGGUGCUGAGGCGAAUGUGAUCAUAGAGAGAGAAAAGGGAGGUGUGACUGUAACGGAGGGAGGUAUUGCAGGGGAAUGCACGAGUACAGAAGGGGACGGAGCUGGUACACAGGAGAGCGUGAUUAUAGAGGAAGGAGAUGGUUCAGGAGAGGUGGGUGGCACUGCAGAAAGUGUGACUACAGCGGAAGGAUGUGUUCCAGAAGCUGCGGAAUCCGUGGCGGUAACGGAUGGUGCUACAGAAGGCAUGAGUGCUCGGCGUGAGCCUGUUUCACCUGGCGCUGCUGCUGGUGCUGGUGCUGCUGCCGGUGCUGCUGGCGGUGCUGCUGGCUGUGGUGGCGGUUCGAAGGGCGAUAGGGGCGUGCGAUUGAGGGUGGCUGGACGGCGGUCGUACAGGCACAUGACUGAAGCGUCUCUCUUCAAUCUGCUGGCUGGGUUCAUGGCGAGACACGGAGGGAGCAGAGGAGGGCAGGGGGAGCGGGUGGAGGGGGAGGAAGAGGAGGAGAAGGAGGAGGAGGUGGGAGAGGGGAAAGAGAAGGGGGGAAUGGUGACUGGGGAGGGGGAGAGGAGGGGCAGUGGAGAGGAGGAGAGGAUGAGGAGAAUGGUGAGACAGAUGAGCUCAGUAAAGGAGGAGGGGGAGGAGGAGAAGGGGGACCAGAGGGGAGCCAGGUCGAGUGUGGAAAGGGAAACGACCGCUGAGAGUAGGGAAGGUGAAGGUGAGACGUCGUGUGUAGGUUCUCCUGAGAAUGCUAAGGGGCGAGAGGGAGAAGACGGAGCGGCAGAGGAUGGGGAAACAGAAAUGACGGCCCUGUCGACUUUGGAGGCCGCAGCAGCUUGUGGUGGUGGUGCUGCUGAGAGUGUGACAGGUGAUGGGGAAGGGGGCGUGGAAAGGAGAGGCAGCAAGGCGGAGGAGAAACGGGAGGAGGAGGAAAUGGAGGAAGAGGAGGAAGGGGGACAAUGGCGGAAACUGCAGUUUCUCGCAUCGACUGAAAAUGGGAUGCAGGAGGAGCAGGAGGAGCAGGAGGAGCAGGAGGAGCAGCAGGAGCAGGAGGAGCAGGAGCAGGACGAAGAGGAGGAGCAGAUGCGUCAGGAGGGGCAGGAGGAGCAGGGGUUGCGUCAUACGGUGAAGGAUGAGAGAGAGAAGGGCAAGAGCGACGAGGGGGAGGAGAAGGAAGAGGAGGUGAUCGAUCGGGCAAAGUUCCUCAAGAUUCUCAAGCAGCAUCAGCGGCAGCUGAAGCGACAGCUGCAGCAGCAGGCAGAGGAGAAUCGUAGAGGCCACCGAGGGAGGGGAAGGAACGGGGACUCGGAGGAGGGAGAGGCUGGAGGAGAGAGGGAAGCGGAAGAGGAUGAGGAAGGGGAGGAAAGGGACGAAUUUGAGGAUGAGGAUGAUUUGGCUGUGUUGCGCCGGGCGUUGGAGUAUGAAAUGGAGUUGGUAGAUUCUCUUAGAAGGGAGCUGGACCAGGAACGGGCGGCGGCUGACAGUGCCGCCCAGGCCAGCAUGGAGCUGAUCCGCCGGCUGCAAGAGGACAAAGCCGCCGCCCACCUUGCCGCCCGGCAGCGGGAGAGGAUUCUGGAGGAGAAGGCGGUUUAUGAUGAGGAGAGGGUGGAGGUGCUGAGGCAGAUCAUGCAGCGGCAGCAGGAGGAGGUAGAGUGGUUGGAAGGGGAGUUAGAGCGGUGCAGAAGGCAGUUGGGGGUGUUGUGGGAGGCUGGGAUGGCUGUGAUGGGGGAGGAGGAAGGAGGAGAGGGAGGGGGAGUGGGAUGGGGAGAGGGUGGAGGGUUGAGAGGGUUUGAGGGGAUGGGAGUGGGGGGAGGAGUGGGUGGGGUUGAUGUGGAUUGGGCGCAGCUGUUGGGGGAAGAAGGGGUGGCGGAUGAUAUGUUGGGGGGAGGGGGGAUGGGGGGAGGGGGGAUGGGGGGAGGGGAGUUGGGGGAAGGGGAGAUGGGGGGAGGGGAGAUGGCGGGUGGGGAGCUGGGGGGAGGGGAGAUGGGAGAGGGACAGACGGCAGUGGGACGAUGGGAUGGGGACGGGGAGGGGCAGAGAGGUGGUUGGGGAGACGAGGAUAGGGAGAUGGAGGAGGAGGGCGUGGGGGAGAAGGAGAGAGGAGGGCAGGAGGAGGGAGGAGAAGGGGGUGAGAAGGUCGAAUAUGGUGGGGAGGACGAGAGGUUUAAAAAAACCAACGGGGAGGAUGGCUCUUCGCAAGCCGAAGGUGUGCGUGAAGACGGAAACAUCAGAGAACCUUUGACAGAGACAAUAUUAGAUAAUGAGAAGGACCUGAGUGUUAUGGAUGUGGGGAGCUUGGACAUGAGUGUUCCAGGGAGUGUUGAAGGGGCUGACGAUUCCAAGCAGGACGACAAGAGGGGUGAGCGGGAUGAGGUGGGUGAGUUGGUGGAAGAAGAGGCGUUGGAGUGUCAUGGGGAUGGGCAAGCUUGUUUUGAGAAUGGGGAUGGGCAAGCUUGUUUUGAGAAUGGGGAUGAGGCUCGCAGACAGGAUGCGGGAGAGGGAUGCAGUGCUGCAGAGCUUGGGAAUGGAAGUACGGAGAAGGAAGGAGAGGAAGAGGAGAGGGGAAGGAAGGAGGAAGAGAGGUUGCUGGUUAAGACGGAAGGGGAGGAGGGGCAUGAGGUGAAGGAGCGGACGGAUGAGGAGGGCGAGGAGAGUAAGGAGAAAAGGGAAAAAGGGGGAGGCGAGAGGGAGGAGGUGGAUGAGGGAGAGGGCGAGGAGAUGAGGGAGGAGAAUGGGGAGACAGGGGAGGGCGAAAAGGAGGAGGCAAAGGAGGAGCGGGAGGGGAGGAUGGAGGCGCAGACAAGGGAAGAGGAGGAAACAGCGGAAGUGUGUGAUGAUGAGGAGAAGAAGGGGGGUGAGGUGGAGGGGCAGGUGGAGGGGGGGAAAAACGAGGAGGGUGGGGAGAAGGGAGGGAGGGAAUGGGAGGAGAGAGGAGAGGAGAAGGGGGAGGAGAAGGGAGAGGAGAAGGGGGAGGAGGAAGGGAAGGAGGAAGGUGAGGAGAAUGCAGGGCUUCUGGAUGAGAUGGUCAAUGGGGAUGCGGGAGGGAACGCGGAAGCGGAAGGGUUGCAUGAGAAUCCAGCGAUGCAUGGGCAUGAAGAGGAGCCGAAGGAGUUGGGAGAAGAGGCUGUGCAAAGGAUGGGGUCUAGCGGAGGUGAAUCGGGCGACCUGGACCAAGUGUGGCGCGAGUUUGAAGCGCAGAUAGACCCGUCUGCUGCUGCAUCACAGCAUGGAAACACAGAAGCAGCAGCAGAAGCAGCUGAAGGGGAGGCCUCUUUCAUGGGUGUGCCAUCGCCGCUGCCGCCUCUCUCAGUGUUUGUGACGCCAACCAAGGAGCUGCAGCGGCUGAAGAGCUCCUCUCGAGCCAGCUCUGCUAGCGUGGGGGGCUCGCCCUUGGGCUCGCCCCAUGCAGCUGUGGCUGCGAGUGGAAGUGGGAGUGCGUUUCGCUUGCCCAGGCAGCUGACGCCGAACGACCAGAUGAAGCGCGCACGCCAGGAAGAGACGAGGAAGCUUCUGGACUGCCUGACCGUGCUGGACGUGGAGAGUGAGCUGCGGCUGAGGGAGCUGGAAGGGGGGGGGGUGCUGCCCAAGUGA